AUUUUAGGAUCCAGAUCAUGUAAAACAGAUCUAAAACUAGAAUUCGGGUUGAGUCCAAGAUCCAUUGCCAUCCCUAAGCCGAACGCAUCAAAUACCGCAUCUUCCCUCUUCUCUGCUUUUCUCCGUUUCAAUUUUCCCUCAUUUUCUUUCUCGUCUUCCUAGUCUUUGUUCAAACCAGAAAAAUUUAAUGUUUCCCCUUCAAUUCUACAAAAAAAAAAUCUCGAUAUAUUAACUAAAAUAUAUAUGGGUUAAAAUCUGUAUGUGCAUAUAUAUUUCCCAGAAAAAAAAUUGGGGCGAAAAUGUACACGUUGAAAGAUAAAGUAGCGGGAAGUAUUUCACGUUUAUUUGCAGAUUCACCGUCUCCUUCUUCUCCUUCUCCUCCAUCUUCUGUGCCAGAUCUUUCUCAGGCCAGAUGGUACUCUAAAGGGUCAAAAUCUUUUUCUUCGAUAGUUUCUGACAUUAUUCCUUCACUAAGCUACGGUGAGUCUAAAUCGAAUGAUAAUGGAACUAGUCUAAAUCUGGUUCAGUCGCAUCCCGUUAGAUGGAAAGAUUACAAGUUAGAGAUGCAACAUGAAGUCACGAACAGCGGUAAAGAAUACACCGCCACUUUUGCAACCGAAGAGCUAGAAAAGACAGGUGAAGAUACGAAGAAAGUUUGGACUCGUAAUGACGAUAAGCAAAUGUUUGUUAAAGUUUGUCAUAACUACUUCUCGAUACAACAUGAAGCCCCGAAUAGUGGUGAAGAAUACACGACUGCUUGUACGAGCAGAGAAUCAAAAAAGGCUAGUGAAGAUGAGAAGAAAAUUUGGAUUCAUAAUGACGAUAAGCAAAUGGUCAUUAAACUUAGUCCUCCUAGUGAGAAUAAGGACCGCGUUUCUGAAAGCAGCAGUACUGAUUCUGAAGAAUUUCAAGAAGCAAGCGGAGAGCAGAGUCCAAUGAAGCCUACACCAAAACUUUCUGAUGAAUCUGUAUUCAUUAACUAUGAUUUGUACGAGUUCUUAAUGUCUUCCCUCCCCAAUAUUGUUAAAGGGUGUCAAUGGAUGUUGUUGUAUAGUACGUUGAAGCACGGUAUAUCACUUCGUACGCUAAUUCGUAAGAGUGCUGAACUCCCUGGCCCUUGUUUGCUGAUUACUGGAGAUAAGCAAGGAGCUGUCUUUGGUGCAAUGUUAGAAUGCCUGAUACCAACACCGAAGAGAAAAUAUCAAGGAACGAACCAGACUUUUGUAUUCACAACCAAAUAUGGUGAACCGAGGCUAUUUAGACCCACUGGUGUGAAUCGUUAUUAUUAUAUAUGUAUGAAUGACAUGUUUGCACUUGGAGGUGGUGGCAACUUUGCUUUGAGCUUCGACGGAGAUCUGUUAUGUGGAACUAGUGGACCUUGCGAAACGUUUGGGAACCAAUGUCUGGCUUGUAACGAAAACUUCGAACUAAGGAACCUCGAGCUUUGGGGAUUUACACAUGCAUCACGAAACUAAAAGCAAGUGAAAGAAGACUGGGAGUUUAUUUGUGUUUUAGCUGAAGUGAUAAAAACCAGUAUCUAAAUUAUCAUUCUUUAUUCUUUGAUGGGUACCAUACAUAAUUUGCCCUUAUUUUUCGGGGACUUAGAUCGAGUGUGAUUGGCAAAUACAU